AUGAGUGACCUAUUGGUCGCAUUCAUUACCGCUACUUCUGUCCUUUCAGACGUAAGUGGUGCGCAGAAGGAGGAAGUAGUAGCCUUCAUGCAGAAGCGUGGCUACGAUUCUAUGUCUUGGGACAAGAUUCGGUAUGCAUCCAAAAUGAGUCCCAAGAACACCCAAAAUUGGGACGAGCCUGGACUCGUUGAGGACCUGCUCGCUGCAACGGUCAAUCACCUCAACCCAUCAAAGCAGGACAUACUGCAGAUUGCCAACAAAGCGAAGGCCAUGGGAGGCUGGCAGUUCACCGAGGGUGCAUGUUAG